AUGGCGGUCACCACCCACAAAUCACCCACAGAAGCGCCCGCCCAUCCUGUUGAACCGACACUCAAGGGUCAUGAGGAAGUUGUGUACGAAGUAGCUUUCAUCCGCGGUACCCGUCUCCUCGUCACUGGCUCAGCCGACAAGAGUCUUCGGGUGUGGGAUUUGGACACGGGGAAACAGGUGGGAAAGCCCUUGUUGGGUCACGAUGCCGGAGUCUGGGCGGUCUCAGCGUCCCUUGAUGGACGUUGGAUUGUGAGUGGAGGAGGGAAUGGAAGCAUUCUGGUCUGGGAAGUUGCGACAAACAAGAGAGAGCUCAAAAGAGUGCCCGUCUCAUUUAAGGGCCAUGAGAGUCUGGUUCAGGGUAUCGCAUUUGCAACAGACAGCGAGACAUUUGCAAGUGCAUCACUGGAUGAAACUAUAUGCGUGUGGAAGAGAGAGACGGGCAAAAUACUCCUUGGACCACUCCAAGUAGGCAGCUGGGCAAACUCGGUGUCGUACUCCCCGAAUGGGGCAAAACUAGCGGCAGGCACACAGAAGCACAUCAUUAUUUGGAAUACAGAAACCGGAGAAGAGCUGCUCAAAAUAGAACAGCGGGCAUGGCGAGUCGCAUUCACUUCAGAUGGUCUCUAUCUCCGAGUCGUUAGUGGACACUGGAAUGACAUCCGAAUAUUAAAUGCUACCACUGGAGACAUCAUCAAGCAGUUUGACGUCCACAUCGACAACUUCUUUUACUCACUAGCCAUUACUCCCAAUGGCACCAAAUUCGCAACCAUUUCACUCGACAACAAGACGCGGUUCUUUGACAUGGACACAUUCGAACCCAUCGGCAAGCCACUCGAGCACCCUGAUACCGUUUCGUGUGUAGUAUUUUCCGAGGACAGCCAGCUCAUCGCUACUGGCUGUUACGACGGACAUGUUCGUACAUGGACAGUUCCUUUGAGCGAGUCAGAAAAGGAAUUUCAACAGAAACCCAUCCCAGACCCACGGCCUCGCCCACAACGCGCUCCAAUACCGACCAGUAGAUUCUUCGAUGAUUUUGAUCCACAUUUUCCGAUUGGACGUAACAAUCGCGCUGGCACUACGCGCAACGCUGAAGGCUCCAAAAUUAAAAGCAUGAUAGAUCGUAUCUUUUCUCGCUCCUCCGCUCCCCAGGACCAAACUCCUCGCCCAUGCGGGGUCCCCCUUGUGGACGUCUUUGCAACACGAGGCAAAUAUCGCACCGCUAAUGCCCACAGUGGAAAACGGGAUAAGUUGUUGCAGCUACAACGUCCUCCUCGCCGGCAAGCCCACGUCGGUGGCUCGCAUAGCAGCACGCCACCAACAGCAUCCAAUGUGGUCAAUGAAACUGCGCCAGCAACGUUGCAGACCGGAAGUGCCAAUGCUUCUGCCACGACUAACCACCCGUCUCCGUUGGACAUUGAACAUGCUCCAGACAUCGGCUGCUUUGCUGUUCUUGCAAGGAACGCUGGCCCUCAGAUUGGGGCAGGUACGAAACCUGACUUGAAGGACUUGGUCAGGAUCAUCUCCGCAUUGAACUUCCGUCCUGCGACCAAUGACAGGCAGGUGCGACUGAGGGAUGAGGACAUGGAAACCCCUACGGAGGAACGAGGUUCUUCUGGAGGGUGUUCCCUCCCGACCAAGGUUCUCGUAGAGGUUCUAGAUGAGCACCGGGAUGCCCGGGGCGAGGAAGUCGAUAUUAUUAUGAAGGCGUUCGGGAGCAGUGACACCAUUCUGUAG